ACAUGGGCUGCUGCAGUUCAAACAAGAAAAUUCACAAGCCUCGGCUCCAACAUCGGAGCAUCAUCAGAACGGGAAGCUUCAAGCAGAUUCGCGAGAAGUACACCAUCCAUCCCAAACUCAUGGGCACUGGAACCUACGGAAAAGUGUUUCUGGGCUCAACUGCUGCGACGAAGGUGGCUAUCAAGACUUUAUCUAAAAAGAACUUGACUGAGGGAGAAAUAGCUUUAAUAAAAGACGAAAUUAAGAUCCUGCAGUCUCUGGAUCACCCCAACAUCAUCAGGUACCAUGAAACAUACGAAAAUGAAAAAUUCUUUUACCUUGUAAUGGAAUAUUGAGAAGGAGGAGAGCUGUUUGACAAACUAACUUCAAAAGAGAAGAAAUUUACUGAACAAGACGCUGCAAAAAUAAUGAGGAAACUAUUCCACGCUAUUAGUCAUUGCCAUGCACAAGGAAUUACACAUAGAGACUUAAAACCUGAAAAUAUAAUGUUUAACAAGAAAUCGAAUGAUGAAAUCUCUGAAGUUAAAAUUAUAGACUUUGGGCUUUCUCAGCAAAACCAGGGCGAGAAAAUGAAUUUGAUCUGAGGAACGCCUUAUUACGUCGCACCAGAAGUAUUUGAUAAUAAUGGGUAUGGAAGCGAAUGUGAUAUAUGGUCCCUUGGAGUCAUCAUGUAUAUUUUACUCUCAGGUUACCUUCCCUUUCAUGGUAGCAACCUCGCUGAAAUAUGCGAAAGCAUCAUAGAGAAGGAGCCUAAUUUUGAUAGAGAUUGAUGGAAAAAUAUUUCAAAUGAAGCUAUUGAUCUCAUUAAAAGUUGUUUACAGAAAGAUCCCAAAAGUCGCGUCACAGCUUCAGAAGCUUUAGACUCAAAAUGGUUUUCCGAAAUUGAGGAUAAGGAGGCAAAUCAGUUAUCAGACGCAGUCUAUGAAUCCCUCAAGGCCUAUGAUGCUAACUCAGUGCUUAAAAAGGAAGCUAUGAACAUCCUUGUUACAAUGCUCAAGGAUGAUGAGAUUGAGGACCUUCGGGAACAAUUCCGAAAAAUUGAUAAAGACUACACUGGAACGAUCUCAGCCCAAGAACUUGAAGAUUCUAUCAGGAAGAUGGGGAAAGAAAUAACUGCUAAGGAGAUAAAGAAGAUCAUAUCAAAGGUGGACUAUCUCGGUAAUGGAGAGAUAAACUACAGUGAAUUCUUAGCUGCUACCAUCUCAGCACAGAAUGUAUUGACUAGUGAAAUGCUCUAUGCCCUCUUUAAGCAUUUUGAUACAGAUGGAUCUGGAUUUAUCUCCCCUGAAAAUAUCAAAGAAGCUAUUGAGAAAGCAGGCAGGGUCAUCUCUAAAGAAGAAAUUAACAUGAUUCUUAAGGAACAUGACAUUGAAAGAGAUGGUAAGAUCAGCUUCGAUGAGUUUAAAGUUAUGAUGGGUAUUUUAAAAGUCGAUGAAAUCCAAAGAACUUUAAUUGAAUAAUAUUUAACAAGUUAAUGAAUUAUUUUAGAAGGCCUGAACUUCA